UUAAAUCGUCUGUGGAGUGGAGCAGGUGGGCGUUCCCCUGCGCAACACGGCGCUGCUGGACCCGAGCGCAGUCGCUUUUAACAGAUCUUCGCGGCUCGUUCUCGACGCUUUGGUGAAAUGCUGCAGCUAAACGACAGCGUCGACCCCGAGAGCCCGGGCGCGGCGGUCUUACACCCGGCGGACUGUGACGACGGGCUGGAUCUGGUCCGGGCUGGGGCUUCGGUGGCCUGCUGCACUCCGCUGCAGACCCUCACGCCUUUCCAUGUCCACAACCCCACCAUGCGGGCCAAAGUCAAGGAUUAUUUCGUCUUUAGGCCAGGAACCAUAGAGCAGGCAGUCAAUGAUAUCCGCACGGUCGCCUUGCCUUCAGAAGACGGAGAGGUUCUUAGCGUAUGGCUGCUAGCAGAAGUCGAUCACUGGAACAACGAAAAAGAGAGACUGGUUCUUAUAACUGAGAGGUCUUUGCUGGUGUGCAAAUAUGACUUCAUAAACCUCCAGUGUCAGCAGGUGGUCAGAAUCUCCCUGAACGCCGUGGACACCAUCUCAGUCGGCGAGUUCGAGUUUCCCCCCAAAUCCCUCAACAAGAGAGAGGGAACCGGUAUCCGUGUCCAGUGGGAUAAGCGACCGAGACCUUCGUUCAUGAACCGCUGGAACCCCUGGUCCACUGACAUCCCCUACGCCACCUUCACCGAGCACCCCAUGGCACACGCCGACGAAAAGGUGGCCUCCCUCUGCCAGCUCGAGAAUUUCAAGACGCAGCUCGUCCAAGCGGUGAAAAAAGCUCAUAAAGACUUCCCCAUCCCGGGACGGGCCAAUGGCGUGCUGAUACUGGAGCGGCCGCUGCUGAUCGAGACUUACCUGGGCAUCAUGUCCUUCAUCAACAACGAAGCCAAACUGGGCUACGCCAUGACGAGGGGAAAAAUCGGCUUUUAACUCCCGGAUUCUCCCUCCGUCUCUCUCUCUCAUCCGCCUGUCAAGUGCUGUUUUUGAGUGAUAUUGCUACACUUUGAGUACGUGAGUCCAGUACAUACUGCUUGUUUUGUUGUUUGGUUAGUGUGUGAGACGUGCCAGGCAGCGAGACGAGGUCAACGCUACGGGAUGUGCCCGGACGGAGCCCUCUAAAAAGCCUGUCUAAUUUGGUUGAAUGGUUUGAAAGAGCGGUUUGUUUGUGUUACUGGCAUGCUUCGCUCGCCGUUGAAUAUUUUUAGCGAAAACGGUGGCAGUCGACCGGUUUGUAGAUUGACUGAAGGUAGCUGAUUUUCCUCGGGUCCGUUCUGACAGAACUAAAAAUGCCCGUUUUUUUUAAAAAAAGCGCAUCGCUGGAUGCCACCCCUGCCAGUGAAAUGCAUUUAACGUACAGUUAACAAAGAAACAACCUGGUCGCUACUUAAGGAAAGCAUUUAUCAUGAAGUGUAACGUUAAUCAAUUGUUGCGUUAUGAGCAUUUACGGUUUCCAGUAAAGUUGCAAUGAAAAUCGGGCCCGAUUUUUUUUAUCUUUUCGUUGCGUUGCGGAUUAGCGAAAAGUAAAAAGAAAGGUAGGUAGGUUUGAAUUAGCUUCUAUGCAUGGUUUGUUGAUUGUAUUCGGAGGUGUGUGUGUGUGCGCUGGGUGAUCGGAGAUGUCCUGCGUAUGUCUCAUGGUAGACGUCUGCUGUCUCACUGGUAGAUUCACAGAGGACGUUUUGAUCAAACAAUACGAGGUCAAAAAAACCCGGAAUAAUAACAAUUUUAAAAAGUAUGCACCGAUGCAUUAUUCACAGUACAAUAUAUAACAUGCAUUUAAAAAUGCAUGUCCAUUUCAUACCAACUUUAAAUACCAAUGGAGUUUGGAGAUUCGCUCAUUUUUUAAAACGGUGUACUUUUUGUGAAACAACCAAUUUUUCAGUUGAAUGUAAAUAUGUGUUCACAUAUCCGUGUGCGAUUUUUUUUUUUUUUUUUUUUUUUU